UGUACCAUAUCAUUCAUUUAUUUUAGCAGGAACAUGCAUGGGAACACAAUUACUAUUAAUUAUUGACGUAUUAUUCUGUUAGUUAUUUGAAAAUAAAAAUGUUUACUUUUUAAUAUAAAGAUCCCGUGAUUGAUGUCAAAAAGAUUCUGUAAUUAUCUAGUCAUAGACAACAUAUUGAUUUGUUCCGCCAGCUAGAUGGCUUCAUAAUUAUUGGUUUUGAUUUUUUAUUUCUCAACUAUUGAUCUCAACUAUACGAACAAACUUAUAUUCUCUCUGGCAAAAUGAUUUUUAUAUUUUCAUAAAUUAAUAUUUUAUAAAAAUAAAUUAGAUUUUAUCAAACUAUAAAAUUAUUAAUGGUAUAACAAAAAUAAUAUUUGUAUGAUGUACUAAUCAGUGUGUUGUGUGUGAGAAGUAAAAAUCUGUUUAAUAUGAAACGGGAGAUAAUAUAUAUAUUCAAGUUCUUUGAAACAUUUUUUUCGUCAACGAACUGUAUAUACAAAUUAAAAAAACGAUGGAUGUCUGUUAAUUAUAAAAGAAAAAAAGAAAGAGAAUGAAAGUCAGGAUUCAUCAAACUAAAAACAAAGACAGAAGACAGAAGAAGAAGGCUGGAGUAACCUAACAUUCACAUGCUUCUUCUUCAAUGUGCCACUCUUCCUCCAACACACUUAUCAUUUCUUGUCUCUGCUGUCUUUUGGGUCCAUCAAUCAUUUAAAUAUUUCCCCACUCAUACAUUUACUUUAUCUUACAACUCAUCCAAUAUUUUAAUAACACGACAAGUAGGCUUCAAAACAUAUAUACUUUUGUCUGAAUAUUAUGUUUUGAAGCAAAAACAAACUUUGAAAAACACUCUGAUCUCCGGAGAAUGCUCUGCGCUUCUCCACCGUUACUGUCAAUAAGAACAAAGAGGGCGGGAAAAUGGCGGCGUGGAAGUCAUGGAUUGUGGCGGAGAAAGCUCGGAGAUGCUUAAGGACCAUAUUCUUUGUGGCAGCAAUGACGGCAUCUCUGUUAGCUUCGUCGUUGCCCGUUCUGAUCACCGUGGCUGAUGUGGUGGUUCCUUGUCUUAUCGUCUCCAGCAUCACGUGCCUCACGUGCCACUCUGCCGCAGAACAUCUUCGUCAGUAUAGUUUCAAGACCUCUUUCAUUGAUGUACCACUCAUCUCGCUCCUGAGAUCUCUCGCCAUUAUCUGUCUCUCUUGUUUAUGUGAAGACGCAAGAUUAGCUUAUGGUCCUUAUCUUGAAACAGUGAUGUCACUUUCCUUUGGAGGGUUUCUUCUUCUUUUGGUUAAAGCUAUUGUGUUCACUAUGAAGCCUCACAUGGAAGGAAAGGUCUAUAACCUCAAGAUCUCAUGGGCAAUGCCGGUUUUGUUACUAUCAUCAGCACUUUUCGGUCUAGCUCAUGUUGUGAUAGCUUAUCGAAAGACUUGUGGAGCAAGAAAGAAGCUCAUGUACCAUAAGAUUGACCAAGAAGCUGUUCUCUCGUCUAAAUCUGGUUUCUUGGGUUACAAGAAAGCUCAUCGUCAGUCUUUCACUAGAUCAAACUGCAAAAUUUUAACCUUUGCCGGCGAUUUCAGACAAAACUCUUUCAGGGAAACAACUUUGGAAAGAGAAGAGGUGAUACAACCAAGACUUCUUGCAAAUGCAGACAGUUUGUUCAUCAAGAUCCAAGGGUUAAAUGUUCACUACAAGCAGUGUUCUGCAGCGGAAGUGAAUGCAAGAAGGGUUAGACAACUAGACAAGCAGAUGUCAAACUUAGUAGUGCAAACUCAAAGCAAUCAUUUGCAUAGAAGCUACACCAUUCAGCCUGAUAGAUCCUCUUUGUAUGAUCCUCUGUUAGCGACUUAUCCAACUACACCCAUUACCUUGUUCAACAAGGAUGAUAUGAAUCAUAUGAAUCCUGGUGAUGAUCUGGAGAGAAAUGAGAAUGUUGGUAUAGUUCUAGUCCAUGGAUUUGGAGGAGGAGUCUUCUCUUGGAGACAUGUGAUAGGUUCAAGCAUACUUAUGAGAGGAGAAGGUUUAAGCAGAAGGAAGUGAAGAAGGGAGAGGAGUGACGGGAAAUGAAGAGUGAAAUGGUGGUUAACAAAUAAAGUGGAGACACGUGUGAGAUAGUAAAGGAAGUAUAAAUACUCGUAUUGUUUCUGUUAUACGGGGAUCGUUGAUUACAAUUGUUAACCUUAGCAUAUGAGCUAGGUCUACUCAGGUGAUGAGAGUAGAGUGAUACUCAGGUGAUAGAGUAUCACGACGGUUGUAAUUCUCGAAUCUAUUCAUCAAUAUACAUCGUUAUUCAGUA